ACACCGUAGUAGUGAUGUGGCUCUCAAUCAGUCCACCUUCCACGUCACGAGGAAGUAGUGGAGACCCGACGAGACAGAUCACCGAACGGGGCUACUGAUUUUUAUAGAUGUAAAUAAUAUAACUACCCUGCGAAGGCCUCUUUGGAGCACAUUGUUCGUAAUUCAAAGUGAUAUCCAGACAUUAUUUGGGAUUUCUUCAAGACCGUUCCAAGUCCAGCAGCAAAAUGACCGCUGCAGAGAAUGUUUGCUACACUCUGAUCAAUGUCGCAUCAGACUCAGAGCCCCCCUCCGAAGUCAGCCUAAAAACUGAUCUGGAAAAGGGGGAGAUUAAAGCAAAGACUGAAGCAUUGAAGAAAGUCAUCAUCAUGAUUCUGAAUGGUGAGAAGUUGCCAGGGCUGCUAAUGACCAUAAUCCGCUUUGUGCUGCCCCUUCAAGACCACACCAUUAAAAAACUGCUUCUGGUUUUCUGGGAGAUUGUCCCCAAAACCACUCCAGACGGCAAGCUGCUUCAGGAGAUGAUCCUGGUCUGUGAUGCCUAUAGGAAGGACCUGCAGCAUCCCAACGAGUUCAUCCGAGGCUCCACUCUCCGUUUCCUGUGCAAGUUGAAAGAGUCUGAGCUGCUUGAGCCUCUCAUGCCAGCGAUCCGUGCCUGUCUGGAGCAUCGACACAGUUAUGUCCGCCGAAAUGCUGUCCUGGCCAUUUACACUAUCUACAGGAACUUUGAACAUCUCAUCCCGGACGCUCCAGAGCUGAUCCAUGAUUUCCUUGUGAAUGAGAAAGAUUCAAGCUGUAAGAGGAAUGCUUUCAUGAUGCUGAUCCACGCAGAUCAGGAUCGAGCUCUGGAUUACCUCAGCACAUGUAUUGACCAAGUUCAUACUUUUGGCGACAUUCUCCAGCUGGUCAUUGUGGAGCUGAUUUACAAAGUGUGUCAUGCAAACCCAUCUGAGCGUGCCCGAUUCAUCCGUUGCAUCUACAACCUACUGCAGUCCUCCAGCCCCGCUGUAAAGUAUGAAGCAGCUGGCACUCUCGUAACCCUCUCCAGUGCACCCACAGCUAUUAAGGCUGCUGCCCAGUGCUACAUUGAUUUGAUUAUCAAGGAGAGUGACAACAACGUGAAACUUAUCGUCCUUGAUCGUCUGGUUGAACUGAAGGAGCAUCCCACUCAUGAGCGUGUCCUCCAGGACCUUGUGAUGGACAUCCUGCGUGUUCUCGGCACUCCUGACUUGGAAGUGAGAAAGAAGACUUUGCAGCUGGCAUUGGACCUCGUGUCAUCUCGCAAUGUGGAAGAGUUGGUGAUAGUUUUAAAGAAAGAGGUGAUCAAGACAAACAAUGUCACAGAACAUGAAGAUACAGACAAGUACAGGCAGCUGCUGGUGCGCACUCUUCACUCUUGCAGUGUGCGCUUCCCUGACAUGGCCGCCAAUGUCAUUCCUGUGCUGAUGGAAUUCUUGAGUGAUACUAAUGAAGCAGCUGCCGCUGAUGUGCUGGAGUUUGUGCGUGAAGCCAUUCAAAGGUUUGACACCUUGAGACCACUUAUCAUUGAGAAGAUGCUGGAAGUCUUUCAUUCCAUCAAAACUGUCAAAAUUUACAGAGGAGCACUAUGGAUCUUGGGUGAAUACUGCAGCACAAAAGAAGACAUUCAGAGUGUGAUGACAGAAGUACGCAGAUCACUGGGAGAGAUACCAAUUGUAGAAAAUGAGAUAAAGAAAGAGACAGGCGAGUUGAAGCCAGAAGAUGAAGUCAGUGCCGCUCCAGCUCAGAAGCUGGUGACAGAGAUGGGCACCUACGUGACACAGAGCGCCCUCAGCUCCUCCAGGCCAUCCAAGAAGGAUGAAGAUAGGCCUCCGUUGAGGGGCUUCCUGAUGGAUGGAGACUUCUACGUGGCUGCUUCUCUAGCCACCACCCUGACCAAAGUGGCUUUGCGCUAUGUUGCAAUGGUUCAAGACAAAAAGAGACAAAAUUCUUUUGUUGCAGAGGCCAUGCUGAUCAUGGUUACUGUGCUGCACCUGGGCAAGUCCUCGCUGGCCAAGAAGCCAAUUACAGACGAUGAUGUGGACCGCAUUUGGCUUUGCCUGAGGGUCCUGUCAGAGUGCUCGCCACUCAUGAAUGACAUCUUCAACAAGGAGUGCCGCAAAUCCCUGUCACAUAUGCUGACUGUCAGACUGGAGGAAGAGAAGUUGUCACAGAAGAAAGAAUCAGAGAAGCGUAAUGUAACAGUGCAGGCAGACGACCCGAUCUCCUUCAUGCAGCUCACAGCAAAAAAUGAGAUGGCUUCUAAGGAGGACCAGUUUCAACUCAGUUUGUUGGCUGCUAUGGGCAACACUCAGAGAAAGGAGGCUGCUGAUCCCCUGGCUUCCAAACUCAACAAGGUGACCCAGCUAACAGGUUUCUCAGACCCUGUGUAUGCUGAAGCCUAUGUUCAUGUCAACCAGUAUGAUAUUGUGCUGGAUGUGCUGGUGGUUAAUCAAACCAGUGACACACUUCAGAACUGCACACUAGAACUUGCUACUUUAGGUGACCUCAAGCUGGUUGAGAAGCCUUCCCCUCUUACUCUGGCCCCCCAUGACUUUGCUAACAUCAAAGCCAAUGUCAAAGUGGCUUCUACUGAAAAUGGCAUCAUCUUUGGCAACAUAGUGUAUGAUGUGUCAGGAGCUGCGAGUGACAGGAACUGUGUUGUCCUCAGUGACAUCCACAUUGACAUCAUGGACUACAUCCAGCCAGCCUCCUGUACUGAUGCUGAAUUCAGACAAAUGUGGGCUGAGUUUGAAUGGGAAAACAAGGUGACCGUAAAUACAAACAUCACUGAUCUGAACGAGUACCUCCAACAUAUCCUCAAGUCCACAAACAUGAAAUGCCUAACUCCAGAGAAGGCAUCGUCCGGUUUCUGCGGUUUCAUGGCUGCGAACCUUUACGCUCGUUCUAUCUUUGGCGAAGACGCCCUGGCUAACGUCAGCAUCGAGAAGCCCAUCCACCUGGGGCCUGAGGCUCCUGUCAACGGACACAUACGUAUUAGAGCAAAAAGUCAGGGGAUGGCCUUGAGCCUGGGCGACAAGAUCAACCUCUCCCAAAAGAAGUCAAAUCUCUGAAAGAACUCUAAUAUUAUGCUUCUGACUUUGUAAAAGUCACCCACUCUAUGUAUCACCCUUCUUGCUCCCUUGCAGCUCCGCACAUUUAGAACUCUGACGCUUUUUUUUUUUACAUCACUAGUCUCAGAUAUCUACUCAUUCCUGUUUCAUUUUAAAUAAAUGUGCGUUCAAAGAUCCA